CUCUCCAGCAUCUCCAUCCCAUCCCUCCCCAGGAAAGGGGCGAAGGCACGAGGCAGGCGAGGGGCGGGGAGAGGCGCUGACAAAUCAGCUGCGGGGGCGACGUGGAGGAGCCCGGGAGCCAGAGCGCCCAGCAGCAGACGGCAGGAGACCAGCAGGUGCUGCCCCUCCGUCCAGAGCCUUCCUUCCCACUGCCAUUGAAAUAAAAUCAGGGGUUCCAAAGAGGAGGAAUCGGAAUUGUGCGGAAGCCAAGGGCACCGUGUGGAGGAAGAAGAUACAUCUUUAGCCAUGGAUGUGUUCAUGAAAGGACUUUCCAAAGCCAAGGAAGGAGUUGUGGCUGCUGCUGAAAAAACCAAGCAGGGUGUGGCAGAAGCAGCAGGAAAGACAAAAGAGGGAGUCCUCUAUGUAGGUUCCAAAACUAAGGAGGGAGUGGUUCAUGGAGUGACCACAGUGGCUGAGAAGACCAAAGAGCAAGUGACAAAUGUUGGAGGGGCAGUGGUGACUGGUGUGACAGCCGUCGCCCACAAGACAGUGGAGGGGGCUGGGAACAUUGCAGCUGCCACUGGUUUCGUCAAGAAGGAUCAGCUGGGCAAGGGUGAAGAAGGGUACCCACAAGAAGGAAUUCUGGAAGACAUGCCUGUGGAUCCUGGGAGUGAGGCUUAUGAAAUGCCUUCAGAGGAAGGAUACCAAGACUAUGAGCCUGAAGCCUAAGAAUGUCUUUGCUCCCAAUGUCCUGAGAUCUGCCAGCCACUGUUCCAUGGCGUACAAGUGCUCAGUUCCAACGUGCCCAUUCAUGACCUUUUCUCAAAGCUGUACAGUGUGUUUCAAAGUCUUCCAUCAGCAGUGAUUGACGUCCUGUACCUGCCCCUCAGCAUCCCGGUGCUUCCCUCUCAACACAGUGAAUACAUGGUAGCAGGGUCCUGUGUGCUGUGGAUAUCGUGGCUUCAAACCUAAAACGUUAGAAGAUAUUUAAAACACCUAAGUGACUACCACUUAUUUCUAAAUCUUCACUAUUUUUUGUUGCUGUUCUUGAGAAGUUGUGAUUUGCUAUCUUACAAGAGUUUUAGGUGUCCGUAAUGAUUCUUUCUGUCAAAGAAUGAUGUAUUGUGAAAUUUGUUAAUAUAUAUUUUAAAAUAUGUGAGCAUGAAACUAUGCACCUAUAAAUAUCAGUUAUGAAUUUUACAGUUUUGUGAUGUGUUUUAUUAACUUGUGUUUGUAUAUAAAUGGUGAACAUUAAAAUAAAAUAUCAUCUCGUUGCAAAAUUA